AUGGUUAUAGUCAUUAUGAUUCCUCACACAGAGAUACACUGUGAAGGAAUAUUUGAAGAGGAAAUAUGCUGGCCACCUACUCCUGCCAACUCCAUGUACAACUUCACCAUCUACUUCGAAACCAUCAAAUCAGAGGUGAUGAUGAUCCGUCACUGCAACCUGAAUGGUACGUGGGGAGCGGAAGAAAUCAUCUACAAAGCCAUCACUAACAUGUCUCAGAGCAACGAUGAGACUGACUCGCCUAUAGACACUCAAGGAGAGACCGUCGUGGCCAGGAAUUGUGUUAGUUUGUAUACUUGUGCUUCCAUAAUUAUUAUACAGACUUACAAAUUUAAAGGAAAAGAUCGAUCGAUUACGGCCAUUUCAUUUUUCCUGAGAGCUUACAAACAAAACUCAACACAAUCAUUUGUUCUUGCUGCCCCCUUUCACAUAAUGUAUCUCACUGCAUCAAUUCAAGCCUUCAAAGUGCAGUGGAGUUCUCUUGUUGGCCCGCAACCCAGCUGA